GUAAGAUAUAAAAACUAACUUCAUUUUAAACAGAACGUUGAAGUGGAAAGGUGUGAAAAUUUAGUUGCAAUUAAAUAUUAUAUAAUUCAAAGCGGGUAUUGAAACCAAACAAAAUUACGGCAGACAAAAUGCACUACCCUACUUAUUAUCCUUCUAACGAGUUCUAUUCUCCAGUAUAUUAUGCUCCAAAUGACGGCGAUUGUUUCACACAAUGUCCAAAGUAUGAUGUUAAUCAAUUAGGACCAUCUUUAGCUACCACAUGCAGUGUACUACCAACAAUCAUACUAUUCAUGUCAUUGUUGGAUAAAUAUUUACGCAAACAAUGUGAUAUCAUGGACCCAUGCAGCCGUAUCACAUCCAUAAAUGAAAGAUUUAAUAAUAACGUUUCUGAUAUUUAUAAUUAUUUACAAUUCCAAGAAUAUCAGUUUAUAGUCAUCGGAGGUGGAUCAGCUGGUAGUAUUGUAGCUGCACGGUUAGCAGAAAAUUUUAGAGUUUUAUUGAUUGAAGCUGGUCCAGAUGAGCCACCAGGUGCAGCAGUACCAUCAAUGACAUCUAGUUUUUGGGGUACGAAAAGUGGUUUAGAUUGGGCCUAUAAAACUGAACCUCAAUCACAAGCAUGUCUAGGUAAUCCAGAACAACGUUGUUCUUGGCCACGUGGUAAAGUUUUAGGUGGAACUGGAGUUAUCAAUGGUAUGAUGUAUUUACGUGGAAAUAAGUAUGAUUAUGAUAACUGGGCACAGUUGAUUGAUGAUGAAGGAGCAUAUUUGUGGAAUUGGAAAAAUGUGUUACCGUAUUUCCAUAAAUUAGAAUCGAAUCCACAAGUAGAGCAAUUAAAUUUGGAUACCAAAUAUCAUGGUACAACUGGUCCAAUGACCGUGUCACAGUUCCCGUAUCAACCAUCUUUUGUACAGGAUCUUAUAGCUGCUGCAAAACAACAAGGAUUACCUGUAUCAGAAGAUCUGAAUGAUCCAAAACGUCUAGUUGGGUUUGCAAUUACACAAACAAAUAACAGAAAUGGAACACGAUUAUCUUCAGCUAGAGCAUACCUACGACCACAUGCCAAUAACCCUAAUUUGGAAGUUUUAUUAAACACAACCGUUUUAAGAUUAUUAUUUACCGAAGAUCCUCGACCAAUAGCUGCGGGCAUAGAAUUUCAAAUGAAUGGAGAUAAUGACAUAUAUGCUAUUAAUGGUGCUACAAAUGAAAUAAUCUUAUCAGGUGGCACAUUGAAUUCACCAAAACUUUUAUUAGCAAGCGGUGUUGGACCAAAAGAAGAUUUAGAAAAAUUGAAUAUAACUGUUGUAAAAGAUUUACCAGGUGUCGGUCGUAAUUUCCUAAACCACGUUGCAUUUGGUUUACAAUUUAGUCUCAAGAAUUUAACAAAAACUAACUAUAUUAAUUAUGCAACGGUCAUGGAAUAUUUAUUUGAACGGAAAGGACCAUUAGCAAGCAGUGGAAUGGCACAAUUUACUGGAAUAUUCCCAUCAAAAUAUACUAAUGAAUCGUAUCCAGAUUUACAACUAUUCUUUGGUGGUUUUUACGCAAGAUGUGGAGAUGGCUCGAUCGACAUUCAACAAACAUGUGGAGAUUCGAAUACAGCAAAAGAAUUCUUUUCAAUAAGUGUUGUUAAUUUGCAUCCAAGAUCCCGAGGUUAUCUUACUUUAGCGAACAAUGAUUCUUGGUUAUUUGAUUCACCAGCAAUGCAACCAAAUUAUCUACAUGAAGUCCACGAUGUGAAUGUUCUCAUCGAUGGAAUAAAAUUAGUUUUGAAUAAUUUUACAAACGCACAAAUAUUAAAAGAUAAAUAUGGAAUUGAAUUCAACGAAGCAGGAACAGUACAUGCAAAUUGUUUAAAUUUAACGAAGUUCAGUGAUGAAUAUUGGACAUGUGCAAUACGUCAUAAAACUGGACCAGAGAACCAUCAAAUUGGUACAUGCAAAAUGGGUUCAUUGGAGCAAGGUGGUGUUGUUUCAUCGCAGUUGUCGGUACAUGGAUUAGAAAAUGUACGUGUUAUUGAUGGAAGUGUUAUGCCUUAUUCACCAUCAAGUAAUACACAAGGACCGAUAUUUAUGAUUGGAGAAAAGGGUGCUGAUUUUAUUAAAAAUGAUUGGCUCUACUAUUAAACUUCUUUUUUAAUAGUGGGAUAAUUAUUUUAUUUGAAAAAUUAUUAUAUUAUUACUUUUAUAUAUUUUAAUCAAGCAAUACACAUUUAAGCAAUUCAUUCUUUCAUCACCUUUCUAUGUUCUGUAAAUUUCUUU